GGGAAACAAUUUGGUGCCAAGCGUGAAUAAUUAAGGAGUCCCCGAAGGCAAAGAAGAGGGCAGAUCUUUUUUCUCAUGAUUCAAGGUGAUCAUCUGGGAUGAGGAGUUCUGGAAAGCGCAAUGAACCCUGACAGCCUCUGCGGACUCUGCGCGCACGCUCCCGCCUUUGUGCUCCGAAGCGCGCUUGCCUUCAUCCACAGCCUCCGCGCACCCUCAGCUCUCAGAGGAAACUUGUUUGCGCAGGAACCUGUUGUGGAUCACAAUUGAUCCUGGAGUAUUUUUAGCGCUCACUAUAGACUGAUUCCGGAAUAAAGAAAGAAAGAAGCGGGGGGAAAGCCUCUUUUUGCCACUCACACAGAGCCUCUCCGCAACCCCGUGACCCUCCCCUCCUCGUGGGCGACUCGGCACAUUUCUCUCCAAGAUGGUUGUUCCUAGCGAGGAAGAUUGGUGGACUUCUCGGACAGUAGAGAUGCUUUCCUCCUGGCUUUAGGCGCAGAAUGGCUCCUGAACAGCCUUCGUGCCGGUGGGGCUACGAUGAACAGGUUGCUGUUGCGCUGAAACUUCCAGACCAGGGGAAGGAUGCGCAGGUGCAGGACAUCUGAAUCAGCCUCUCAAAGUUAGAGAGGAGCCUCAGGGACAGAAGGCAGAAGAGGAUACUUAUCUCCCAGCGCCUCUUUCUCACUUUCUACGCUUUGAGGAGAGAAGAGACCGACCGGCGAUCUUGGCAGCAGCUUGUUGAUGGCACUGCGCACAGGGAGGACUUGGUUUGGGCAGGUCUUGCGCAGGGUCUCUCGGCUGCAGGGCUCCUGGUCCAGGCGAUCCAGCAGUCUUCUGUGUCUCUCGGUGAACCAGGAGCAGGAUCCGGGGACCUGUCACCGGGAUCAGUACAAGGCAGGGGGCAGGUGCGCUGAACCCGGCAUCCGCGCCCCCCAGAGCGCGCCUUUCUGCUCCACCGCUGCCUCCAGGCGCUGCCCGCACGGUUUCCUCCACGCCUGCUGCGCCUUUCCUGGGAACCCGAGGGGACAUGAGCCCCUUGGUCGUCGGUUCCUGUUGGCCAUGAAGAGACAGAAUGUGCGGACCCUGUCCCUGAUCGUCUGCACGUUCACGUACCUGCUCGUGGGGGCCGCCGUCUUUGACGCCCUGGAGUCCGACUUUGAAAUGCGUGAAAAGGAGCAGCUGGAGGCGGAGGAGAGGCGUCUUCAGGGGAAAUAUAACAUCAGCGAGGAUGACUACCGCAAACUGGAGAGCAUCAUCAUGGAGGCCGAGCCCCACAGAGCCGGGGUGCAGUGGAAAUUCGCGGGCUCCUUUUACUUUGCCAUCACGGUUAUCACAACCAUCGGCUAUGGCCAUGCAGCACCUGGGACCGAUGCAGGGAAGGCCUUCUGCAUGUUCUACGCCGUCCUGGGCAUCCCGCUGACCCUCGUCAUGUUCCAGAGUCUGGGCGAGAGGAUGAACACGUUCGUCAAGUACCUCCUGAAGCGCAUUAAGAAGUGCUGCGGCAUGAGCAUCACCGACGUGUCCAUGGAGAACAUGGUGACAGUGGGCUUCUUCUCCUGUAUUGGCACGCUCUGCAUCGGGGCGGCAGCCUUUUCCCAUUAUGAGGACUGGAGUUUCUUCCAGUCGUACUACUACUGCUUCAUCACCUUAACAACUAUUGGCUUUGGGGACUUUGUGGCCCUCCAGAAGAACCGGGCCCUCCAGAAGAAGCCCCUGUAUGUGGCCUUUAGCUUUAUGUACAUCCUGGUGGGCCUGACAGUCAUCGGGGCCUUCCUCAAUCUGGUGGUGCUCCGCUUCCUAACUAUGAACAGCGAGGACGAACGGCGGGACGCUGAGGAGCGGGCGUCGCUCGCUGGCAAUCGAAACAGUAUGAUCAUCCACAUCCAGGACGAAACACUGCAGCGGGGGCGACAGCGGCGCGAGCCGUACAGGGCAGAGGUGACUGACCUGCAGUCGGUUUGCUCCUGCCUGCACUACCACUCGCACGACUUCGGCAGCUCCUCGGGAGGGGCCGGAGGCCUGGGCUGUGCCUUCUCCCAUCAGAACUCACUCAGCUCCCAGCUGAACCCCCACCAGUACUUUCACUCCGUCUCCUACAGGAUCGAGGAGAUCUCCCCCAGCACCUUGAAAAACAGCUUCUUCCCGUCACCCAUCAGCUCGGUGUCUCCGGGUCUUCACAGCUUCACGGAUAACCAUCAGCUCAUGAGGAGGAGGAAGUCUGUAUAAACCCAAAACUGCCGGGACAAACACGUCUCCUCUUUUCUACACAACCUUCCGAUGCUGCUCCUAUUCAGAUCUCCUCUCAGCACUUUGUUUCCCAGUUUGGUUGUAUUUAAUAUCAGUAUUUUUUGGGAACAGAAGCCGAAAACUGCAGAAGUGGGCACGAUGCGAUGCAAAGCAUGAAGCAUGGAUGUCUAUUUUUGAAAAUGAAAAAAAACUUGACAGGAACUUCCUUGUGACAGUUUUAAGGCAGAAAACCAACACAUUUGGUUGAAGACCAAAUGAUGCACACUGUUGAAAUACUAUUUUUCAAAGAGAGAAUGCUUGUUUCACCUUAACUUGAAGAUAAUCACCAUCAUCCUCGUUGUUAUUAUUAUUAUUAUGCCAUUGCCUCACUGGAAAUAGAGAGUUCUAAAUAUAAUGAAGCAUCAGGUAUUGUUUUCUAAAAGCAAUCAUAUAUUUUAAUGUUUUCACCUCACUUUAAGCCAAACUCUUGUUGCCAAUAUUAGCAUGUGAAUUAGACGUCAUUUACUAGUAUGCCAUGGUUUUGUAAAACUGUUGAGUCUGUUCUCAGAGCAGGUGUAUGACCUGCAUCUACGUGUCUAUAAAUCAAAGGAUCGUGCUGCUGUUAUUGAUAUUUCCUUUACAUCCUCAAAGGUCAGAUGUGGCUGCAAAAGCUUUAUAAUCGUUACUACGACAUGACCCAGCAGUAUCUUUCAUUUAAACUCCUGCAGCUUUGUUUACCUCCGGCUGUGGUUUUAACGCGUCUUCGUGGUCACACUACCUGUUUUAGAGUUGAAAAGCAAGGGAGUUCCGAGCCGUCACCAGGGGGCAGCACAGGCACCAGCACUCAUGGCUACAUCCUUCACGACACAAACACAAGUUGGGACUAUUUGACUUGGUUAUCUUAGCUGGUUUUCUUGGACAAUUAUGGUUGUUUGGAAAAACAAACAAACAUCAGGAUUGAUGCCAUCCAUCUUCAGAAAGCACUGAAUCCGUUUUGGGGUCACGGGGUCGCUGGGCCAACCCAGCUACUGUUGGGUGAAGGUGGAGUACACCCUAAAGGUCGGAUCAGGAUUUAUGUUCUAAAACAAACCAAUCAAAACCAAACAGAAACCUUCACACUUUGAAAUAAAAUGUGGGUCCCACCAGGCGUAGAAGCACAUCAGCAGUUGCAUCUUAUUCGUUGCUGUGCUACCAGAAGCUGCAAAAAUGUUGCUCUGGGGCGCAGUAAAAGUAUUAUACAAGCAAAUGCAGCUGGGACUCUUUGAAUAACAACAAGUGGUUUUAAAAACAAUAUUAUCCAUUAAAUGAGUAACAAUUUAGUCACAUGACCAACUAAUAUAUUUUUUUUUAAACUCAAAGGCUACGUUCACACUGCAGGCUGAAACGACCCAAUUCCGAUUUCUUUGCCCCUAUGCGAUCUGUAUCUGAU